GCAGUGACGUUGAGAGCCCUUCAAAGACAGCAUCAAACAAACGAGGCAUCGGCAUCUCCUCUGUUGUUGUCUGUUGUUGCUGCUUGUUGUCAGGCAACUCACAACCCUUCUAUCUAGCUAGUAGCUCUAGUACUGACUCACAGGUACUGACUUUUUGUUAUUAAUAAUGAGCCGCGAUCCGAAAGACGAGGGCAUUGGUCCUUUCUACAACAAUCCUUUGUUGGGUCCAGUGGUCAAGUCCUUUACGGCCCUUCCCGACGUGGCCGGUGGCGGUUGUAUGGAACGCGUUGGAACCGCUGCUGCCAUGGGCUUGACAUUUGGUAUUUUCUACAAUUUGGUGUCGGUCCCGUGGCAACCCGAUCCCGUCGAAUACUUUCCCAAAGGUGUCAUUAAAAUGCGCGACAAUUGGGCGUUUUUUCGAUCCGGAUUUGCCCGUCCCAUGGCGGCCUUUUCGACCGUCGCCAUGACAUAUGCCGGAGUCGAAUGUAUGAUGGAAUCGUUGCGAGAUCCCGAACAGACCAGUCCGCAUUGGAAUUCGGCCGGUGGUGGUUUCGCGGCGGGUAUGGUCAUGGGUGCCAUGACCAAAUCGUUUCCCGUGGCGCUUGUGGCCGGUUUUGUCAAUGGUGCCUUUAUGGGAGGUCUCUCCUUUAAUGGAUUGCAUUACAUUUCCAAUCCUCAUCAAAUGGCCAUGAAAGUCGGAGGAAAAUGGCCCACCCAGUUUCGCGAAUCCAAAGAAUUGGCUGCUCUCAAGGAAAAGUAUCCCGAAUAUAAAGAUUUGUAAGUCAUUCAAUUGCAUAUCCAUUGCAAUGGAUGGACGAUGAGGAGAAACAGCAAACUAUUAAGAUGGCAAGGACCGUCACCCCCCAAAAGAUAGUGCGUUAAAAAUUUCUACAGUAAGUAAUUACAUGAAUGUGUGUC